GAGUGAGCGACAGAACCGGUUCGCACCGACAGACGGACAGAGGACCAGACGGCCGCUAAGGCGCGCUCACUGCCCCCUGCCGGGCCCCCGCCCCGAACUCCAGCCCCAGCGCCCGCUACUGCCCCAGAUACAGCACGAUGCGCGGUCCUGGCAGCGAGUCACGGGCGAGCACUGUCCCCCGGCCACCGAGGAGCCCUGGCCCCUAGCGCCCAGCGCUGCUGCCCUGCAUCAGGGAGGGCCGCGGAGACCCCAACCUCAGUUGGCGCAGGAGCCCUGCGGGUGGGGCCUGCCCAGCCCAGCCAGGCGCGCCGGCCCACCAUGCUCCUCUUGUCGCCGCGCAGCGCUCUGGUCUCCGUCUAUUGCCCGCAGAUCUUUCUCCUUCUGUCCAGCGGCAGCUACCUAGCAUUGUCAUCCGUGGUGGCCCUGGGAGCCAACAUCAUCUGCAACAAGAUUCCUGGCCUGGCCCCACGGCAGCGAGCCAUCUGCCAGAGCCGACCCGAUGCCAUCAUCGUGAUCGGGGAGGGGGCGCAGAUGGGUAUCGAUGAAUGCCAGCACCAGUUCCGAUUCGGCCGCUGGAACUGCUCCGCCCUGGGCGAGAAGACCGUCUUCGGGCAAGAGCUCCGAGUAGGGAGUCGAGAGGCUGCCUUCACGUACGCCAUCACCGCGGCAGGAGUGGCACACGCUGUCACGGCAGCCUGCAGCCAGGGCAAUCUGAGCAACUGUGGCUGUGACCGCGAGAAGCAAGGCUACUACAACCAGGCAGAAGGCUGGAAGUGGGGGGGCUGCUCGGCAGACGUCCGCUACGGCAUUGACUUUUCCCGGCGCUUCGUGGAUGCUCGUGAGAUCAAAAAGAAUGCCAGGCGCCUCAUGAACCUUCACAACAAUGAGGCAGGCAGAAAGGUUCUGGAGGACCGCAUGAAGCUGGAAUGUAAGUGUCACGGAGUGUCGGGCUCAUGUACUACCAAAACCUGCUGGACCACCCUGCCCAAGUUCCGCGAGGUGGGCCACCUACUCAAGGAGAAGUACAACGCAGCCGUGCAGGUGGAGGUGGUGCGAGCCAGCCGCCUGCGCCAGCCCACCUUCCUGCGCAUCAAGCAGCUGCGCAGCUAUCAGAAGCCUAUGGAGACGGACCUGGUGUACAUCGAGAAGUCGCCCAACUACUGCGAGGAGGACGCGGCCACGGGCAGCGUAGGCACGCAGGGCCGCCUUUGCAACCGCACCUCGCCGGGUGCCGACGGCUGUGACACCAUGUGCUGCGGCCGCGGCUACAACACGCACCAGUACACCAAGGUGUGGCAGUGCAACUGCAAAUUCCACUGGUGUUGCUUCGUCAAGUGCAACACGUGCAGCGAGCGCACCGAGGUCUUCACCUGCAAGUGAGGCUCCCGCGCAGGCGCGCUGGGCGCCUGCCUACCUUGCGGCCCUCCACAUUUUGCACAUCCUUCUUUGCUUCCGGAGCUGCCAGCUGCGGACACGGGAGGGUGGAGAUGGGGGUGGGGAGCUCGAGAUAUUCCAGGCUCCUUCCUACCUACCCUGUCCCUACCCAGCGUCCAAGGUCAACGCAAUGGUGGUCUGGUACCCAAUGGAGACAAAUCCCUUUACUUCCCUUCGGGAAAGUGAACCUCAAAGCGACCACAAGACUCUGAGGAUCACCUCCCUGCCUGGUGGUUGGACACCGAAAGGUCACACCCACCAGUCACACUCAAAACUGUUUCCUGGGCUGUUUCCUGCUGGCCCUGGGCAGUGUGGAUGGAUGUUGACAAAAUUAUUUAUGUUUUCUUAGCAUCAGAUGAGGACUCAGUACUAACGACUGGGUAGCCAGACCUAACCCUAUUUGAGGAUGCCCUACCACCAUCUCCUUUCCCUCACUUCUCUUGGCCCCUCCCUGGAAGGUCCUCUGCCCCUUGCAGAACUUGAGGAUGUCAGAGUUGGCUCGGAGGCUGACUGGUGGGGGGACUCCUUCUCAGCACCCUGGGAGGGACUUGGUGGCCCUACAAGGCCUGAGAUGGCCACAGAGGACAGCCC